GCUCACCAUAGAUUCCUUUCUCAUUUUUCUCAUCUCCAUUUCCCAACCACUCAUUUUCUCUCUCACACAUUUUCCCGGGAAAAAAGAAAUAACCGCAUUUCAUCAUCAUCACUAUGAGAAUCACCAUGAACACUCACUUCCUCUCAUGCGAACGUUCUACAAUGUUACUUCAUCAAAAUUCAUCUCCACUUCUUCGCAGAUUCCGUUUCCGUUAUGUGAAAUUCAAACCUCACCGUUCGCGAUUUCGUUGCUUGCUUCCUCAAAUCGCGGUUCAAUCUUCCGCCAAUGUAAUCGCCGCCGCUGCAAAAGCCGCUUCCGUACACGGUGCCGUUUAUUCCGCUAUCAAUCAUGUUGCUGUUACUGCCGUUGCUAUUGCUUCCGGUGCUUGUCUUUCUACUAAGGUUGAUUUCUUGUGGCCGAAACCGGAUGAGCAACCAGGUACCAUUAUGCAGGAUGGAGUAGAUGUUACUGGCUAUCCUAUAUUUACUGAUGCAAAGGUACAGAAGGCUAUAGCUUUUGCAACGAAGGCACACCUUGGCCAAAUCCGGAAAACAGGCGAUCCUUAUUUAGCUCAUUGUAUUCAUACAGGGAGAAUUUUGGCUGCGUUGGUUCCAUCAAGUGGUAAACGAGCUGUUGAAACAAUUGUGGCUGGUAUUUUACAUGACGUGGUCGAUGACACCUGCCAAAGUUUACAGGACAUCGAGGCAGAGUUUGGGGAUGAUGUGGCCGAGUUGGUAGCCGGUGUUUCUAGGCUGAGUUAUAUAAAUCAGCUGUUACGCAGACAUCGAAGGGUAAAUGUCAACCAGGGUGUCCUUGGCCAAGAAGAGGCAAGUAAUUUACGAGGCAUGCUUUUGGGAAUGAUUGACGACCCGCGUGUUGUCCUCAUCAAGCUUGCUGAUCGUCUUCACAACAUGAGAACAAUUUAUGCUCUGCCAAUGCAUAAGGCUCAAGCUGUUGCAGAGGAAACAUUAAUUAUUUGGUGUUCACUUGCUUCGAGAUUGGGUCUGUGGGCAUUGAAAGCUGAACUUGAAGAUCUAUGCUUUGCAGUUCUACAGCCUCAAAUAUUUCAAAGCAUGAGAGCUGAUCUGGCUUCCAUGUGGAGCCCUUCAGCCAGAAUAGGAAGCUCAGGAAGAUUAUAUCUGAAAGGCAACCUGAUACCUUUGGCCGAGAAAAGUUCAACUUCUUUUUACAACAAAUCCUUGGCAUUCAAUGAGGGUCUCUGCAGUAUGAAGGAUCUGUUGGAAGCUGUUGUCCCAUUUGAUGUAUUAUUGGAUCGGAGAAAACGGGCUAACUUUCUCUAUAGUAUUGCUAAUAAUGUGGAGACAUGCACGAAACCAAAGGUUGUUCAGGAUGCUGGGUUAGCUUUGGCAUCAUUGGUAAUUUGUGAGGAAGCACUUGAGCGAGAAUUGAUCAUAUCGGCUUCUUACGUUCCAGGAAUGGAGGUUACAUUAUCAAGCCGACUAAAAAGCCUGUAUAGUAUAUACAGUAAGAUGAAACGAAAGGAUACAAGCAUUGAUAAAGUAUAUGAUGCACGUGCAUUAAGAGUAGUUGUAGGAGACAAAAAUGGAGCUUUACAUGGACCUGCAGUUCAGUGCUGCUAUAGUCUUCUUGACAUUGUACACAGACUUUGGACACCGAUAGAUGGUGAAUUUGAUGACUACAUCAUUAAUCCCAAGCCUAGUGGCUAUCAGUCCUUGCACACUGCAGUUGAAGGUCCUGACAACUCCCCUUUAGAAGUACAAAUAAGAACACAGAGGAUGCACGAGUAUGCUGAACAUGGACUGGCCGCACAUUGGCUUUAUAAGGAAACCGGAAAUCCUUUUUCAUCCGUAGACAGAAUGGAUACACCUGAAACAGAUGCAUCCUCAUCCAUAGACAAAAUGGAUGCACCUGAAACAGAAGCAUCCUCGUCUAUAGACAGAAUGGAUACACCUGAAACAGAAGCAUCCUCCUAUUUUUCCAAAGACACAGAAGCGGAAAAUUCUUCAGAUAUUUUACUGAGCAAGAAUAAGUCAUUGAAGGCUGGACACCCGGUCCUUAGAGUAGAAGGAAGUCACCUACUUGCUGCUGUUAUCAUCAGUGUAGAAAAUGAAGCAAGAGAAUUGCUAGUUGCUGUAAGCUUUCAGCUGGCAGCUUCUGAUGCAGUAGCUGAUAGAAGAUCAUUUUUCCAGGAUAAGCGAUGGGAAGCUUAUGCACGGCUAUACAAAAAGGUGUCUGAUGAAUGGUGGUUUGAACCAGGACAUGGGGAUUGGUGUACUUGUCUAGAGAAAUACACACUGUGUCGAGAUGGUAUGUAUCACAAGCAAGACCAAUUUGGGCGCCUUCUACCUACAUUCGUCCAGGUUAUCAAUUUUACCGAGCAAGAAGAAUCUGAAUAUUGGGACGUUGUAUCUGCUGUGUUUGAGGGCAAGCAAGUGGAUUGUAUUGCAUCGCAAUCAAAAUUAGACUUGGUUCCGUCAACUUCUAUGGAUGCUAGCAUCAAUAAUAAGGUGCACCUUCUGAGAACAAUGCUUUCCUGGGAAGAGCAAUUGCGUUCUGAAGUAAAUAUCAAUCAAACAAAGCACGAUGCAAAGUUUGAUGGUCCACGUGGUCCUCUUAACCUUGGAGAAGUGGUAGUUAUAUGUUGGCCUAAUGGUGAAAUUAUGAGGUUGAAAGCUGGUAGCAGUGCUGUUGAUGCUGCACAAAGAACUGGUUUGGAGGGAAAACUGGUUUUGAUCAACGGACAUUUAGCAUUGCCUAAUACAAAACUCAAAGAUGGCGAUGUUCUUGAAGUAAGAAUCUAAAUCAUUCAUUGGCAAAAAAUAACGUUGUAAAUAAUUGUAUAUAGGUUGAAUGCAGUUAAAUUGACGGGGGCAGAAAUAUGCUGAUUUGAAAGGGAAAAAAAAAUGAGGGUUUGGAUUCUUGAUAGAAUAAUGUAACAUUUUACAAAUUUAAAAUGUAAUGUAAAUCCUUGUCAAAAAUGUAAUGUAAUUCUAGUUAUGUGCUAGUAUUAAAUA